AGUAUCGGUCUGUAUAAUCUUCUCAUCAUUGUGUGUGUAUGUGUGCGUGUGUGUGUAUAUGCGAACAAUCUAAUAGUGCGUUGCUCGAAGAGCAGACUCCUCGGUACGUGCCGCGAGUUUGCGAUCACGAGGCUACACGUGCAGGAAGAGAGAGAGAAAGAGAGAGAAAGAGAGAAAGAGAAAGAGAGAUUCUCUUUGAAGGAGACUACGCCACUGUGGAACGCCGCAUACCGAAGAAAAGAGAGAGAGAGAGAGAGAGAGAGAGAGAAAGAGAGGGACAGAGAGUGGGAAUUGGAGAGGGGAGGAGGUGGGGGAAUAGAAAAGGUGCGAGCAAGUCGAAGGUAGGAACGUCGUAUGAGACCGACGAGGACGAACGAGACGUUAAGAACGUGUAAGAGGAAGAGAGACAGAGGUAGGCAAGAUUCAGAAUAGAGUGGGGACCCGUAAGAAGGCGGCCAUAAUGGCCUGACGCCGAUCUCAGCGAACAGCGGCUACAGCUGCUGCGAAAUAUCCAAGCGACUCUCUCUGCUUGCUUGCUUGCUUGCUUGCUUGAGUCCCGUCGGAGCACGCCUCUUAUUUUGCAACUACUUGAAUCCAUCGUUGUCGUCGUCUUUGGAAAGUGGCUGCGUAAUCGUGAGUGUAGUGCAACUCAGCACUUGGUAUACCUACAAUCUCUAUCUCUUUUGUGUAAGUGUCUGGUUAAGUUUGUUGUGUAUUAUUAAGAGAGAGAGAGAGAGAGAGAGAGAGAGAGAGAGAGAGAGAGAGAGAGAGAGAGAAAGAGAUUCCUUUCCUGAUCUUUUCUUAAGUAAUUGGAAGAAAAUGGCAGAGUGAUCCAGUGUUUCGUCUAAAUUUGUGGUGACUUGAAUACUCGAUUGAGGAGUGUUCUGGUCCAAUUACCUGCAAAGUUUCAUUGGUAUUAAAUUAUUAGAAAUAUUAAAAGAAUGCGGGGUGCUAAUCAAGAAACAGCUACACCGUACUGCCGGUGCAGAGUAUUGUAUCUUGGUAGUUCGGUACCUCAUGCCAGUAAAGAAGGUUUGUUGGGUGUUCAAGAACCUUUGAGAGAAUUAUAUCCAGAACAAGGAGCGUUGGGUGCUCGUGGGAUUGACUCCUGGUUAAGUGUAUGGAGCAACGGUUUGCUGUUGGAGAACGUCGAUGAACAUCGCAAGAAGGUCACCAGGUUCUUUCCUAUUGAAGCACUUCACUAUUGUGCUGCUGUGAGACAUGUGAAGGGUGGUAACGGGGAUUCCUCAACGACAAGAUUUCUGCCUCUCGACUCGCCUUUCGCCAGGACGCCGAGCGCCAAUCAUCCGCCGCUCUUCGCGGCCGUCUUGAGAAGAACGACCGGUAUCAAGGUCCUCGAAUGUCAUGCGUUCAUUUGCAAGCGCGAUAUGGCGGCCAACGCCCUAGUGAGAUGUUGUUUCCAUGCUUAUGCUGAUAGUAGUUAUGCUAAGGGAUUAGAACCGUCAACAGGAACAACGAACGGAAUGACAACUGGCAAUCCUUCGAACAAUAGUCUCUAUCAUACUUUGGGCGGGUCCAGCACGACUCUGGACAAUCCACAGGCUAAUCGUUUGGAUGCUUCAUCGACGGACGAUCUUAGUCUUUACAAUGGUGAUGAGAAUCAUAAGGUUUGGGCUAGGGGUCGUGACGAGAUGGACGGUGUCUAUCAAGAACAAGGAACGUUGAGGAGUACUAAAGGUUCCAGACCGCGGCAAUUGGUUGCACCACCUCCUCCACCGCCACCACCACCUCCUCCACCUUCUCAACCUUUGCUAGUCGAGGAAUCUACUUCUUCUGCUACCAGGAGAAAAACUAAUAAAAAAUUGAAGAAGUUGAAGACUCGAGCGUUGCACGAAGACGCGAUACAGCAGCAGCAUCAUCAGGUACAUCAAGGGAUAUAUACCAACGGCCACGGUCAUCAUACUCUUGGACAUCCAAUUAGACAACAACAUUAUCAUCCACAUCCAUUACCACCUAGUAGUCGAUCCGUUGCUGGAACUUUAGCUAGACCAGCACCUGUCUUACUGGUACCAGCCGCUACACUACCGAGAAAAGGACAUCAACAUCAUCCCAGAGGACUAAGACCGAUUCCAGCAGCAGCACCAAUUGUUCCAGUUUACGCUCCACUCCCAGUAGUUCCACCUCCUGUCGCAGCGGCCAUUUAUCCAAGCGGAACAUAUGGGACUGCCGGUAACAGAGGUAAAAGGCAUUCCGAAGUAGAAGGCUCUACUCUAGGUGCUUCUAGAAGAUUAGCAGCCUCCCACGCCGAUUUAACAUCAACCGAGCUUGGAAAAUCGGCUGAUAGUCCGGAAAACGAGUCACGAUUUGGUACCGGGAUUUACCGGCGGAAAGGUCACUUGAACGAACGGGCCUUUUCUUACAGCAUUCGCGCGGAACACCGUAGCAGGAGUCACGGUAGUUUAGCUUCUUUGGGUUUCAGUGCGCAGAACGGUAACGCAUUGCCCAAAGAGGAAAAGAAGGAUCGAGAGAUAGCUCAACUGGUGGCAGGAUUAAAUUUAGAUGAAAAUCCAAAUGAUCGAGUUCAACCUGUACCAACUUCUAGAGCUGGACCAUAUUCUCAUCAUCAUCAUCAGCAACAACAACAGCAACUACAUCAACAGCCACAACAACAUAUGCAACCUUUACCUAGGCCACGACCUCGUUAGGUACAUUUAGCUUACGUCAAUCGUUUCACAUAUCCCUCAACGUCGACGUUCUUGUUUCUUGCGUUUAUUUUCGAUCGAGUUACGCUAUGGAUCAAGCUGCUAUUGGACCGAAGCAACAUUCUGCUUCGACGUGGGCGUCUUCUUUUGUGGCAUUCAAGCGGAACAGCUUAGCAGAGGUUAUCAUGCUGUCCCAAGUACACUAUUGCUACUGCUAGUCGAUCAAACUGAUUUCACAUUCGAUCAUUCGAGAUAGCCUGGAAAGAAAAUAAUACAGUAGUUAUCGGAAAGUGGACUGAUAAUACGAGUAGGUUAUUCCUAUAAAUAAAAAUAAUAACACAUGAUCGAUUUGGAUCAAUGAGACACUGUUUUAAAUCUCCAGAUGACGUAACAAUCUUUAGACCCUAGGGAAACGAGCAAGGACUAAUUAGACGAGCCAGGAUUAAUUAUUGUCAAUUUUACAAAGAAGGUGGAUCAUUCUGUUGGUUCAAGCUCAAUAGAUGAAGACACGGAGCAUCUAAGAGCUACCCCCUAUCUCGUAACGUUUCCUUUGAGAAAAUGUCUCUGUUGUUUUACAGUGGUUACUAUAGUUAUCAUCGAAUAUCAAAUUAUUUCAUUACGUAUUGAUUUUACAUAUAUACAUACAUACAUACAUACGUAUGUAUUUAUGUAAUUUCAUUAUUAAAGAUACAUCCCUUAUUUCAAUUGUGUUAUUGUAUCUUUUCCUUUUUUUUUUUUUUUUUGCUUAUGCGAGGAGGACCAACAUCGUAAUCCUGUGCCAAAACUUUAUUUUUUUUUUUAAACAAAUGGUACAUCUGUUCCGUAAAUAAAUAAAUAAAUAAAUAAAUAAAUAAAUAAAUAAAUAAAAUAGGAAAUCGAGUGUGAUCAUGAGCUAACUUUUUUUAUUUAUCUAAUCGCAAGUGCCAGAGAAAGAGAGAGAGAGAGAGAGAGAGAGAGAGAGAGAGAGAGAGAGAGAGAG